AUGCCGCGCGGCAAGAUCCAGAUGAACCUCAUCGGCGACGCACAGGAUCGCGUCAAGGUCUUCAAGCGGAGGAAGGUGGGGCUUGUGAAGAAGGCGAAAGAGCUCACGAAGCUCUGCGACGUCGACAUCGCGCUCGUCGUCUGCGCCGGCCCCGACGGCGCACCGGCCGUGUGGGAGUCCGACCCGAGCGUCGUCAUCGACAGCCAGCUGGGCAAGGAGGAGCGCAGGCUCGACAAGAAGUGGAGGCAGGGUCUAAACCUGCUCGCGUGCCCCGGCGAGGCGAUACUGAAGGACAUGAACCUAGAGGAGCUGCUCGCGUCCAUUGAUGCGGGGCUGCUGACCACGGCUGAGAGGCAGAAGACGUUGGGCGUCGCCGACGACAAUGCCCAGCAGCUUGGGCAGCAGGCCUGGGUCGACGAGCUCAUGUGGGACGGUGCCGAGCCGCUUCCGCUGAAUAAUGCCAGCAUGAUGCAGCCCGCGUCCGGUGUGAUUCAGUACAUCAACGGUGGCAACGACGUGGACAUGGUCAGCAACCAUCAGUGCCUGCAGGCGCAGACGCUGCCAGGCAAUGGGGAGAACGGCCACGGCCAGUUGGCACCUACCAGCUGA